AUGGGUCUUCUAUCAAGCCUCAGCGACGCCGUGUCCGCCAUUGCCAAGCCAACCUCUGACGACCCCAUUCUUCAAUGCGGCGAUGAGCUGCGCGACCUGCUGUUCACGAACUACGAAAAAGCGAAGCAGGUCGCCAACACGAAGCUACGCGUUUUCCCAUUCAAAGAUGUCCAAGAGUGCUGGCGCCGGCUCUACACCGACGCGUCCAUCCUCCACGCCUGCGUCAUCACCGCCGGCCUGAGCUCCGCCAGCUCAGAGCCAAACUUCAACGUGUUACAACGGAUACAGGAGCUCAAAGAUGCCGGCACAGAACCUGAAGUCAGUUUACACGCGCCAUGGCUAUCACAGGUCGUGGAAAUCCUCGAUAACGCGUUGAUCAUGACGGGUGCACCCCGCCGCGAACACCUCAUCGAAUCCCUAUUAUCCAUGCUGGAAGUCGCAACAGAGUCCCAAGAUGCCGAAAACAACAGCGAUGACGAUAUGAGACCUUCAAACUCGAAGCGCCGGAAGCUCUCGCCGCCUCUUUUCCCUCCAAAUGCUCUCCCUGAACCUCGCCUGGAGUUCCCCAUCGCGCGAUUGUCGGCGCCCUCGUUUGACUCGAUCGAACACCACAUCGAGGAUGUGCGCACCCCGCUCAUAAUUACAAACGCACUCGAUCACUGGCCAGCCCUGUCGUCACGUCCUUGGGCUUCGCGUGACUACUGGUGGAAACGUACGCUUGAGGGUCGCAGACUGGUUCCUGUCGAGGUGGGAAGAUCAUACACGGACGAGGACUGGGGUCAGAAGAUCAUGCCUUUGAGAGAGUUCGUGGACAAAUACAUCUGGCAUGGGAAGAUGGCUCCAACUGGCGCGCGGGAAGGACAGUCCCAGGCUGCAGAUCAGAGCGGCGAGACGGGAUAUAUGGCACAGCAUGACCUGCUUUCUCAAAUUCCUGCUUUGCGCAAGGAUAUUAGUGUCCCUGAUUACUGCUACAUCACCCCACCUGCCCCAGAGCCCGGCACACCAGUAUACGAGAAGAAGGAGCGAAAGCGCAUGGAGGCCGGAGAGCAAGCGUCGGAGAAACACACUUAUCACCAAGGGUCUCGACGAGGUUCAUUGCCAGAUCAGCAAGAAGAGGACAAGUCAGAUGGGGAUUCAUGCUUGGGUCUGCCCAGUGACCCGAUCAUCAACACAUGGAUUGGUCCCUCGUGGACGAUCUCCCCUCUCCACCAUGAUCCCUACCACAAUAUCCUCACGCAGGUUGUGGGUACCAAGUACAUCCGCCUGUACUCGCCUCAUACGCCUGCCUCCCAGAUUCACCCACGCGGGCAAGAAAGUGUUACCUCUGUUGAUGAAACGGCGGACCCAGAUCCAGAAACGGGGGUCCGACCACUGACUACCAAGCUUAUUGACAUGUCAAAUACCUCAAAAGUAGAUCUGGCCUCUAUUGAGCUUUCUCCUGCGGAGUUUGAACAGUGGGAGGAGAUGUGGCCCGGGUUUAUGGAUGCGCCAUAUGUCGAAACCGUCCUUCGUGCAGGCGAGUGCCUGUACAUUCCUGUUGGAUGGUGGCACUACGUGCGUGGACUGAGGGCUGGCAUUAGUGUAAGCUUCUGGUGGGGAUGA